GCCCGGAAUCCAAAGUCAGGGUCUCGGGUUCCGCCCGGAAGGCUUCUCCCGCCGCUCCCGGAAGCUGCCCUCGCUGCCCGGGUAACGGGCCCCGGCGGCAUCAACGGCGGCGGCAGCGUCGUCAUGGACUUAGAGGAGGCGAGAGAGUUCAGAGAGCGCUGCACUCAGUGCGCGGCCGUCUCCUGGGGCCUUACCGACGAAGGCAGGUAUUACUGUACUUCUUGCCACAAUGUUACAGAAAGGUCGAAGGAGGUUCUAAGCACGGAGGCCAUCCCCAACACCAAAAUACAAGCCAUCAACCGGGGACUGAAGAGGAAGAAAAAGCCGGAGCGAGGCUGGGACUGGUACGUGUGCGAAGGCUUUCAGCACAUCCUGUGCCAGCAAGCGGAGGCCUUACAGACCCUCGGAGUAAGCCCGGAACUCAAGAGUCAAGUUCUGCAUAACCUUUGGAGGCGCUACCUUCAGAAGAGCAGGCUGGCAUACUGCAGAAACCCGGUCUACUCCGGCAGGAGGGCAGCCGCGGUCUCAGACGAUAACCCGAGUCACUCGGGCUGGGACAGCGAGCCCGAGCUGCUGAGCGACUUCAGCGGCCCCUCCGGCCCCUCCGUGUUCGACAGCGGGGCCGAGUCUCAGCCUGACGCCCAUCCCCGGGGGCCUCUCCCCUCCAGCAAGGCCUCACAGUCAGAUAUGUCAUCCGUGUGCUCUGGGUCCCUCGACGGCGUCGAGUACUCGCUGCGGAAGGCCAAGGGGACCGUGAAGAUGACCGUGCCGGGGACGCUCGCCCUCUGCUCCCUGUCGUUGCUGUGGCAGAGGGAGGCCAUCACCCUCUCGGAUCUCCUGAGGCUGGUCGAGGAGGGCCACGUGCCCUGCGUGAACGCCUUCCAGCACUUCCCGGAGGAGAUGAAGCUGUACGGGCGCGACAAGGGCAUCUUCUCGGUGGAGUCGUGGCCGACCUAUGAGGAUAUCUAUAGGAAAAUGGUCGAAGUGGCCACGUUUUUAGACCUGCCUCGCUUCCCAGACAUCACUGAAGACUGCUAUCUCCACCCCAACAUCCUGUGUAUGAAGUACCUGAUGGAAGCCAACCUCCCCGAUGAAAUGCACAAUUUCACCUGCCAGGUGGUAAAAAUGGCCGGACUAGGAGAAGUGGAUUUUCUGACAUUUGACCCUAUCGCUAAAAAGAAAAACACUGUUAAAUACGAUGUUCAAGCCGUAGCUGUCAUUGUAAUAGUGUUGAAACUGCUCUUUUUACUGGAUGACAAUUUAGAAUGGUCUUUGUCCGCUGUUGCUGAGACCCAUAAUGAAGAGAACAAAGAAGAUAAGCCAUGGUUUGAUUUCAGAAAAUGGUACCACGUCGUGAAGAAAUCUUUUGAUGAGAAGAAACGAAAACUGGAGGAAACCAGGGCAAAGUACGUGUGGAAGAGCGAAAAGCCACUCUACCACUCCUCCAUCGACAGGUCGGUGGCGUACAAAAGGAGGGAGAUGGUGGUCAAUCUACAGAAACAGUUUAGCAUGCUGGUUGAUUCCACACCGACUGUCACAAGAAAAAGCCCUUCGAGUUUUCAGUUCAACUGGACCGGAGACGCGGAUGGGACUUGUUUCCACGGACACAGCCUCCAGGGGGCCCUGGAGAAGAGGGGCCAGUCACUGACCACCAGGAACGCCCUGUACUGGCUCAGCACGCAGAGGUUCUGUAGAAGCUAUUGCAAACACGUGACGACCUAUGAAGAAUCAAAUUUUUCUCUGAGUUAUCAGUUUAUACUAAAUUUCUUCUCCUUCCUGCUGAGAAUAAAUGUCUACUUCCUCCAUGAAGAAGUGAGCUUGAUUGAAAAGAGACUUUUUAAAACAAAAUACAGUAAAGCAAAAAAGAAAUCUUCGAGAUCCAGGAAAGUGAGAAAAUGAGAAAAAUAAAAUAGAAACUUUGUUGGGAAAAUAUUUUAUUAGUGACAGUAAUGUCAAAUUAUAAUAUAGCAUUCCAAAGAAUUAUGGAAAAUAGAACUUUUUGCACAUAUGCCCAGGCAUAGGCAGAUAUGCAACAUAUAUUACAGAGAUUGUGCUUAUAAAAUGUAUAUUGGAAAACAAGUGAGCUUUGAAUGCAUUUUUUUAAUUAUAAAUAUUUUUUGAGAAAAUUAAAACAACUGUUAUAAAACUGGUAACCAGAAAUUUGUGUUCAUUGUAAUGUAGAGCUAAAUUUGCUUUUUAAACUAGAUCACUUCUUGCUCUUUAUGCCCGAAAGUAAAUCCCAGAUGAAUCAAAGAUCAAAACACUAUAAUCUUUUACAAGUAUCACAAGAAAGCAAGGAUGAAUGCUUUGAUGCUCUUACAACAGAGAAGGACUUUUUAAGCAUUCCCGAAAACCAGAAGCCAAGAGGAAACGAUUGAGAAUGUGAGUACGAAGUCAAAGGUAGAUGAGAAACUGGAAAAAGACAUUUGUAUCAUUUGAUGGACGAAGGAAUAAUUUCCAUAAUGGAUCAGUAGUUCUUUUAACACAACAGGAAAGUGACAAGCUGAGCCAAAGAUAUGAAAAGAUAGCUUUUUGAAAAAGGAAGUAUAAAGCCCAAGCCAAAAAAUACAAGAUACUCCACCUCGCUCAAAUUAGAGGCAUGCAGACUAAAAGAGCUAUGACGUCCCACAUGGUAGAUCGGCAAAGAUCAUGAAGGCUCACAAUGCCCGCAGAGGCUAUUAGAAAAUCAGGCGUUUUUCUUCAGUUUGCUUAUUCACGCAGCACAUGCUAGCUGGGCCGCGUCUGCGUGCCCGGCCCAGCCCCGCGGAUACGCGCCGGAGAUUCGGUGUGAACUAGACCCCUGCCUCUGAGGACCCGCUGGCCCGCCGGGGACCCGCGGGAAGCAAAUACAAAGUACUCUGGGGAAUGAAGUGCAACGAAGAAGCGGCAAGG